CAAAUACUCCCCAAUCGUGACGUUUACUUUUACUUCGUUGACGCCGAGGUCUUGAAGUUUUGGGCGUAUCAAAUCAAAAGUGUAAUUUGUUUUUGUUCAUAAUUUGUUCGAAGAAACAAAUUUUUAGGUAACAUUACUUAUGCAGACUAAUGCUUAUGCAAUUAGAUUGAUAAAUAAAUUGUUAGAUAUUACAUUCUAAACAAAUUAGUACUCCGAAUUGGAAUACAAAAUGGCCGUCAUUUUCGUCCCUCUACAGUUAAGAAAGCUUAAGUUAAAAUCUGUUAUGGUGAUAAUGCAUUUCUUUUACUUUUAGUCUUAUUAUUCAUAUAAUUGCAUCUGUUAACAAUAAAUUCAAUGGACAUUGGCUAAUACUAAUGUGUUCUUAAUUCUGAUCUCAGGAUAAUGAGAUUAUUCAGAAUAUUUGAAUAUUAUUAGGCUAAUUAGGUUAGGUACUUAAGUGAAAAAAUUAAAAAUAAUUUUUUUGAUAUUUCAGUUAUUUAGAGCAAAUUUAAAAAAAAAAAAAAUGGGUAAAUGUUGAGGACGAUGCCCGGGGUUUCCCAUCAUGGCUGCCAUAUUAGUUGACACGACACGUGAAGUGUCAACCAACAUGGCGGCCAAAAUUUAGUGCAAAACACGUGUUAUGAAACGACUGGACGAAACCUCCACAUCUUGUGACCUCAUUCCGCUGAUCACGUCACACGCAAUGACUAUAUAGUUUAUAUAAGGCAACGCAUCCCCUUAUCACUAAAAUAUUGUUUAGGGUCGACCUAUUUUAAACUUUCAACUUGGGCACAUGAAUAAUUAAUUAAAGCUUUCACUUUACCUGAACAAUGGUUUAAUAGUUUUUGCACAUGGCCAUGGCCAAAUAAUAUAGUGUGAUGUUAGGGUAGUCUACUUCUCACACAAUAGCCCAAAAAAAUUGACAUUGGUCUAUUGAAAGUCAACUGCCAAGUAUUGGUCUUAUUGUGUUUGGUUUUAAAUUUAGGCUACUAGGUAGAGAUAUAUUAUAUAAGAUGUUUAAACCAAGAUAACUGACUUUGUUUUUUCUUUGUUUUUUUAUAAAGGCCUACUAGAAUUAUUUAAAUAGUUUUAAGUCAAAAGUAAAAGCUUAUGAUAAAAAAUUUUGCAGAAGACCUCUUGUCACAUGACUUGUCUGCCAGAAUAAUAAACUAGUUAUCAGGCGGUCAUGUGACGUACCCGCAGCGAGAAUAUCUCCCGGUCGCCGGACAUGUAGACACUGCCUAAAAUUAAAUCUUGAAAAGCUUUAGGCCUAUGCCUAUAUUAUAUAUUGAUGUAUACGUGUACCAAUUCUCAUUGAUGUAGGAUGUAUGUCAUGUCCGACGCUCGUUACGCUAGUCCCCUGAACCUGCAUUACCAUAAGGUUGCUCAUCCUAAUUUUGAUCAUGGCAUGAGCCACACCACACCCCAUUUUAAUGGCGGGAGAUACAGAAAAUAUUUAAUUAUUACCAUUUACAUCAAUAUAUUUGAUAACUUGUGUUUUAGAAUGAGCUUAGAAGUAAUUUAAACAAGAAUGUUUUAAUUUGCGGUUUAAAAACCUGGUCAAUAUUAUAAAUGGUCAUAAUUUGCAGUGUGCCAAAAGUCAUGAGCAACCAUUCACAGUCCUUGCAUGUCUUAUUCUAAAUAUAUUGCAUUACUAUUCUCACAGUUUCAUUGAGAAUCAUUGAUAAGAGAAUGAAUGUGGCGUGUGAAAAUACUAUUAAAUCAUUGGUCAAAGAAAGUUUUAUUAGUUAUGUGCAAAAGUUGAAUGUUCAAAAGAAGUCGUCGCGAUAUAUAUUUAUGCCUUUUUAAUUAUUUCGCAAAUAGGCCUACAUCAUUUUUAAUCCAGAUAUUAAUAUUUUUAAUGAUAAAAUGAUGUCUCCUCAUGAAAUUGCUUACAAUGGAGGCUUAAUGAUAAUUGCUUCGCCUGUCUACUAUAUUAUUGACACAUGGAUGAUACCGACCUUCGAAUAACUAAAUCAAUGGCUAAAUCAUAGCCAUGUCACUUGUUGAUUGACAAAAAAUAUUAUUUUGCUAUAAAUAUUUUAAAAUUAUUUUUUGCUUUGAUACUUAUUACAAAUAAAGCUUGAAUAUCUGUUUUGUUGUUUUGCAGAUAAUGGGUAGAUCUUCUAGUAGAUCCAAAAGCCGUAGUCGCAGUGGGAGUGGAGGCAGCAGAAGUCGCAGUGGUUCAGCUGAUAAAACUGACAGAAAGCGAAGAAGUUACAGCCACAGCCCCAGUUCAGAUGAUGAAAACAAAUGUCGAGUUCACAUUGCAGAUUUGGGCUUAGACCCUUCUAAGUCAGAGAUUUACAGAGCCUUUGAAAAAUUUGGGCCUUUACGGGAAAUAUGGGUAGCCAGAAUUCCACCAUGUUUUGCAUUUGUUGUUUACAAGUAUAAGGAUGAUGCAAACGAGGCCGUAAGAAAGAUGGAUGGGGAGUAAGUCUCAUUUCAUCUCAUGUUUUAUAAUAAUUACCAGUAUAAAAGACUAAAGCUUACCAUGUGUAUCGAGUUGUGGACAUUGCAUUUAUUGUCUUUAAAAAAUAAUUAAUGGUGAUAUUUGAUACUGGGUUCUUUCAUUCUUACUUAGGUCUCUCAAUGGAAAAAGGAUCCGUGUAUCUAUAGCUAAACCACGUAUGAAGGGAACUAGAGGUAUUCCUGCUGGAGGAGGAAGAAACAGACGAUGUUAUGAUUGCCUUGAGUUUGGUCAUCUGGCUCGUGAUUGUGUAAAGGGUCGUCGUCGAAACAGGUUGGUACAUUGAUUAUUUUUAUGGUGAUUUUUAAAAAUUCUUUGUCAUGAACUAAUAUAAUUUUUUUUCUGAAUGCUAUGUUUAAAUAAAAAAUUACAUUUCAAUAAUUGAAGAUAUGAUUUUAGCUUCUCAAUUUUGUCUUUUAUACCCCAUAUAUUGUCUUUUAAAAAAAUAAUUCCCAUGGUCUUCUAUAAAUUUUAAUGCUGAUUAUUUUUAAUAGAUAGCCUCUAGGUUUAUUAUGGAAAUUAUUGCAUUUUUUAUGUUUAUUUUUAUUGUUUAGUUUAAGAUUGUCAUGUCUUUUUAUUUAAAAAUUAUAGACAGUAUUUUGAUCUGUAAAAUAUAUAUAUUAAACAUUCAGAAUUUGUGUAUAGUGACAGCACAAUUAAUUUUUUUAAGAGCCAAAAAUGUUUCAAUAUAGCUAUUUUGAAUUUAUAAACAGCUCCAUUUAAAUUAAUAAUUGGGCCUAUAUGAUAAUAUAAAAAGUGUUUUAUCCUCAAUAAAUUUUUUCUUCAUAAUACAAUUAACCGAAAUGGACAUUGUCAUUCUUUCAAUUCAGCAUUAAAUAAUGUUUUGCUUUUCUUUUAAAUAAUGCUUUGUGUUUGUGGUUAAACUGCGUUUAAAGAUGAAACAUUUCUUUUCCUGGUUGCUCUUAUUUUUGUGCAGGCUGUGUUUGGAGGAUUUGGGUUGUGUUGGUAUUUGCUUCCCCCUGUGAGGGUAGAAGUGAUGAUGGUGAUAGUCAUUAAUGUGUAUUGGAUGGCAGAGCUAAAUCCUGUGUCGUGGUUUGGGUUUGAUCACAGAGACGUAUGAUUGGCCAGGUCACAAAGCCUGGUGACUGGGGGCAGGCCAUGGUGCACUCUGAUUGGCUCCUGUGGUUUGAACUACUGUGGCAGAAGCUUGAGAUUGGCCCGGUGGCCUUUGUGAUACGGCAUAGUGUGCGCUAGUGAAGGCGCAUCUUGAGACUGGCUAUUUGUGUGUGUGUUAUUGUUGGCCUUGUUGAUGAGGAGCUAUGGGUAUAAUUUGUAAGAUCCAGUUGUUUAUAUCUAUGUUUGUAAACAAUUUUGCAGUGUCAUUUAAAUUAAAAUAAAACUGUUAAAAUUCAAAGAUGCUGUAUCUUCAUUUAAGCAGUGAUGUAUAAGCAUCUUCUGAAAAGAACAAAUUUCUAGUAACUUUUGAUUUAUUAAAAAAAAUUUAGACAACUUGUUGCAUAUCUCCCAAGCAUGUCUGCAGCUUUCAAGUACUCAUUGUUUUUUAUUUGCAUUUUUAAUUAGGUCUAGGUCAAGAUCCAGAGAUAGAUAUGAACGUCGUAGAUCUAGGUCAAGAUCUCGCAGUGGCAGUCGUACGCGCCGAAACAGAAGUCGCAGCCGUCAGAGGGGUAGAAGUGGUAGUAGGGAUAGAAGAAGAGAUAGCAGAAGAAGCACAAGUCGAGGCAGAGACACAAGAUCAGCCAGAGACAGAAGCAGAGAUAGAGGUGACAGGAGCGAUGCCAGGGAUCGCAAGGAUAGGAGUACAAGCCGGGACAGAGAUAGAGUUGAGAAGAUCGAUCGGGACGGUGAUAUUAAGAAUGAUAGAAAAAGUGGGAGUGUUGAUAGAAAUCAAACUGACAGCAGGGAAGACAGAAAAGAGAACAAUGAGGUAAAGCUUGAGAGCAGCAGGGACAGGAGAAGUGAGAGUGUAGAUGGGAAAGCAGGUGGUGACAAGAUGAAAAGUAGCAGUCCUGCUCAAGGAAAGAGUGCAAGUGUGGACAGGAGAAGCAGCAGUGCAGAAAGGAGAAGUACAAGUGUAGAUAGAAGAAGUGGGAGUGAGGACAAUACUCAGGAGCAAGCCGCUCGAAGCAGAAAGAGGAGUGGCAGUGAUUGUGACAACAGUUCAUCUGGCAGUCCACCUCCACUAAAAAAGGCUGCCAAUGAUGAAGAGAAUGACAGGUAAAGAAAGAGAAGGACAAUAAUCCAGCUGAUUAAUUAGGGUCCCCUCUUCUACUCUUUUGUAGUGCCAAUUUGGUUGCUUCAGAGCCAAACACUUCCAAUAGAGUACUGGUAACAGAAGAAAAAAAAGUAGAUAAGUAUUUAAAGAUGUUUUCAAAUAUUUUACUCAUCUGCUACUCAAAUGGCAAGAUUUCUUAAAGCAAAUAAUGCAGGAAAAUAUUCACACAUAUGAUCUUUCCAAGAAAAAAAUCAAGCUUUACAUUAAUAACAGAAAGAUGUUCUUAGUUCUGUUACCUGAAGUUUAGAAAUUUAAAAACUGAAUAUUAUUUCUUCCUGUCAGUUUUUUGCUUUGUGCAGUAGUUCUGAAAAUAUUGAUUGUUGGAAUCUAUUUAAUUUAAUGAUCAGCACUUUAUAUACAUGCGAUGACAAAGUGCUGACAGAUUUUAACCUUUAUAUCCACAAGAAAAAUUCAUGAAUAAUUUCCACAACAUGUUAACAUCCUUUCCAAAUAAAUAAAUCACAACUUUUAGUUGAAAAUGGCUUGUUUAAUCUGCUAACUGUCAUAACAGUCGAGGAUGGGUCGUUAUGGCUGCUUCUGUUGGCCUUAACUUGAGUUAAUAUAAUUAAAUCAGAAGUUUUUUUAAAGGGGGAUAAGUCUAAAAAAUUACUUAUUAUUUAUAGAAAUCUAAGGUAAAUAUUUCCUGUGUUCAAUUUUUUGUUUUAAUUUUGAAUUGAGCAGACAUUUUUGGAGGUUUUGUGUUAACACUAACUUGUAGGACUCAGAUGUUGCCCUGCAAAACAAAAACCUAAUUUAUUUGAAUUAUUACCUUGUGAAAGUGAUUUUGAAAAUACUUUCAUUGGCAUAACUCAUGUUACUCUCUAUUUAAAAUAGUCACUUGUAGGAGUUCAAGUUCUAUUUGAGGAAAAAGUGGUAAAUAGGGUACUAAUGAAUUUAAUAGGCGUUAUAUAAAUAAAUAUGUAGGUCACAAAUGAACUUAUGUUAAAAUUUCAUUAAACCCAAAUAACUUUAUUCUCUAAACUGAAAGAAUAAUGUUUUAUAUGUCUAGAAAACUUAUGUUGAUGAUAAAAGGAUUAAACAGUCAGUGUGGGUGUGAGUUGAAGAAAGAUAAAUUGUAGCACAAUUAUAAUCACUGUUGAAAAGUCAUAUUCAUUUUCACAUACCGGUAGCAAAUAGAAUUCCAACAUUCAUAUCAUAUGAUUCCUUUUCAAAUUUACUCUCAGAAUAACUAUACUUAUUUGAGUACCUCGAUUAAUUUUUGUUAGUUUUGGGAAUUUUAGUGAUACAUAUCUUAGAAACUAAGAGUUUGGGUUUAUCCGAUGUUUGUUAAUUUUUUAAUUAUUUUUUUUUACACUUUAUAAUAGUAAUGUUGUCAAAAAUGGACUCUAGUGAUUAAUUUCAUAGCAAUUUAGGUGUCAUUAUAGAUAAUUCAACAGUUAAUUAUGCUUACUUGAGUAAUUAUUACAGAUGCCUAUAUUUAAAUGAACAAAGUGAAAAUAAUAAAUAUUCUCCAUCUUAAUCUUAAACAAGUUAGUUUACUGUCUUACACUUAAACCUUAUUUUCACCCUAUGAAAGGGAAACAACCACGUGAAUGUUUCUUUGUUGUAUUCCAUGCAUGAUGUGCAUAUAAGUAUAAGUGUUAAUAUCUGGGCUUUAUUAUAUCUUACAAUAAUCCCAUUCUCAUGUGAUGAGUAAAUGAAUACAUAUUUUUUCUAUUGUUUCACUUCACAGAACAAGAAGCCCUAAGGUCGGUGAUGAUUCUAAUACAUUUGACAGAGAUGACAAUUAACUAGCCCAAAAGUGUUUGAAAGCUGUGUGAACAUAUGCUUAUUUUACAUGUAUUUGGAAUAAGAGAAUAUUAAUAAAUUUCCGUUCUCAAGGAAAUUCAAUACUAGCGAAGAAUGCUUCUGAAGUAUAGAAGAAUAUAAUGAAUGUUAAGUGUUAGUAAGAAUGUUGCACCGUGAAGUCAGUUUAUUUACAAAUGAUUUUCAACAUUGAUUUUUGUUAAUGGUAAUGUUCAACAUGAUUCAUGUAUUCAGUGUCUCAGAUGUAAUGUACCGGUAUUAAAAUGCUAUGAAAUUUCUGUUCUGCUUUACUCUAAUGUUAAACAAUAGUUAUAAUAGUAAUAAUAGGCUGAUGUUGCAUUCCAUCCAUUUUGCAAACAUUGUCAAUUAGUUUAGUAGACCUGUUUUGUUCUCUUCUUUCCUUUGUUAAUAGGGAAAUACCAGCAGUCUUUAAUUAUCUUUAGCUCUUCUCUCCUUUGUUAAUUGGGAAAUGCCAUCUUGAAUUGUCUCUGCGUGUGAUUUUGUUAAUGUUGUCAAAAAUUAAUUGCUAAUUGUUUUUUAAAAGAAAUUUUGAGUAAAACAGCACUUUGUACAAAUAUCAUUUUAUUUAAUUUUUUUAAGUUUACAAUUGUAGAAUCAUAUUUAAGUAAAAUAUGCAAUUAUAACUGGAGUGACUUUGGCUCAUUAAAGAUUUUGUGCAGUACAUGGGAUACAUUUUAUAGGAUCCACAAGUAUGACAAACAGUGAAGUACAUUUCUGCUAUUUUCAACAGUUAUAGUCAUAGGUAAUAUUUUUCUUUGAUUUAAGAUUUGAUUUUUUUUGGUAAACUGAACAAUAUAGCCCAAACCAUGCAAGUCAAACCUAAAAAAGACCUAUUGCAAAAAAAAUGUAUAAUUUAUAGCCCUGAUUCAUCUAAAAGAAAGAAAUGUCAGGGACAGUUUAAUUGAAAAAUGUCAGUUUAAAACUAAUCCAGUCGCUGAACUAUUUCCCAGAGCUUAUUUUAAACUUAACUAAAAAUCACUCUAUCCUUUUUUUUUUCAAUAUCCACCCAAAAGCUCUAGUCCAAUGUUGGAAAAUCAUGGCUCGCGAACCGCAUGGGUAUGUUAAGCAACCUGAGUACAGCUCGGCCAGCCAGCCACAAAUCUGCUUUGACUCCGAAAAACAUGGUUCUUGACAAGAAAUUAGGCUGUCAUAAUUUUUGUAAUCAUCCUGCUGAUGAUUUUGAUUAAUGAGUUUGCCGACCACUGCUCUAGCCUAUUUAAGAGCAUUUUUUUCCCCCCAAUCUUGUUUAACCAGCAUCUAACUCACUUGAGUUCAGCAUAUUUUUAACAUUAAAUAAUCCAAUUGAUCAUCUUUAACUUAAAAUCAAUGUGAUUAAUAUUAAAAUAUGGUUUUUGAUUAACCGGGUACUCCAAUAUAUACAGAUGAUACAAAUAACCUUAUGCAUUUAUAAAAUCAUUCUUAAAUCUCGGUAUGCAUAAUAUGGUGCCAUUCUUCAUUGAAUUUCCCUUAAUGUUGAAUAUUCUUGAAUUUGUAGAGCACUAAAUCUAAAUUGGAGAUAAUGCUGGUGUUAGUUUCAUUGUAGAGUUGAUCAUCUAAUGUUUUAAUUGAUAUAUUGUUGUUAUAAGACUUAUUUUGUAUAUUUUUGUUCAUUGAAAAGAACAAAUAAACUUAAAAAAGAAUGACUGUCCCUUAAA